GUACACCAAAAAAAAAAAAUAUAUGAAGUCCAUACAUUGUAAUUUUUGUGCUUCAAUUGACACUCCUUGGAGCUUUGCCACUUCUCCAUUCUUAAUUAGAGAUGUCUCGUUUGAGCCUCCCAAAAACUAGAAAAAGAAUCUAACAGAAAUUAAUCGAAAUAAUAAGAGGAUCAUUUGCACUUUUAUCCCGUAUUUUGUGCUGGUUUUAGUUUUUCUCCUACAUAGCAAACAAUUUUUUUCGGGAAUAUAAGUUUAUAUUUUCAGGUUAUAAUAUUUCAUAAGUUAUGUCUCGACAUGAAAGGAAAAACGUUAAUGACCAACCCAUUUAAACGGCAAAAUGUCCAAUUUUAUGAAUACCUUAUAGCAAAACAAAUUAAAAAGGAUUUUUCUCUUUUCUUCUUGGCUAGGGAACCAUUAGAUUUUAAAGAUAAAAAAUCUAUUAACCUUACCCUAAGGAAUAAGAAGACGUAAAGGAGAAGUAGGAACAACAAAAACCAUAUAUAUAUAACAUAGUCUUUUAGGGCAAAACAAAUUUAGAAAAAGAAUCUUGUUUACAUGCAUUAUUUUUUUUCUUCAUACUAUAUUUCAUUGAGAAACCAAAAGAAAAAGAAAGCUAUAGCCUAUACACAAUGGGUAGAGGGAAAGUAGAAUUGAAGAGAAUUGAUAAUAAAAUAAAUAGACAAGUGACUUUUGCAAAGAGAAGAAAUGGACUCCUCAAGAAAGCUUAUGAACUUUCUGUUCUUUGUGAUGCUGAAAUUGCUCUUAUUAUUUUCUCUAGUCGUGGCAAGCUUUAUGAAUUUUGCAGCAGCUCAAGUAUGUCCAAGACAUUGGAGAGAUACCACAAACAUAAUUAUGGUGCACUUGAAGGAACCCAACCAUCAGCAGAUUCACAGAACAACUACCAAGAGUAUUUGAAGCUUAAAACAAGAGUGGAAGUGUUACAACAAUCUCAAAGGCAUAUGCUUGGAGAGGAUUUGGGAGAAUUGAACACAAAAGACUUGGAACAACUUGAACGUCAAUUGGAUUCAUCAUUGAGGCAAAUAAGGUCAACUAAGACACAACACAUGUUUGAUCAACUUGCUGAACUUCAUCAAAAGGAACAAUCUCUUACUGAAAUGAACAAAUCUUUGAAGACAAAGUUGGAAGAACUUGGUGUUGCCUUUCAAACAUCAUGGCACUCUGGGCCUGGGGAGCAAAGUGUACAAUAUAGACAGCAGCAGCCUGAGGGAUUUUUUCAACAAGUGGAUUGCAAUAAUCAUACAGUGCCUGAUAUGAGGUAUGGAUACGAUAAUGUGCCACCGGAAUAUGCAGCACCAUCAACACAAGAUGCUCUUGGAGUUGUACCUGGAUGGAUGCUUUGAAUUUGGAGUCCAAAAGACAAGAAAAUUACAUGAGUUAGGAAAAACUAAAAAUUGCCACAAUGAUGAAAUCUUUCCCUGACAUAAAAAUAGAGAUUCAUUGUUGAAAAAUAUUAGUACUAUUUGCAUGUUUAACUAGCUAGCAAACACUUGGAAUUAUGCAGAUAGAAUUUAUGACAUGUAAAAGGUUUAUACAUUGUGAUGUAGUUAUUGUCAAGAAGUGUCUGGCAAUAACACUAUAUAUAUAUAUAUAUGUAAUACUAGAGGAGUAUGGCCCGUGUCAGCACGGGUCCAACAUUAAAAUAUUUUGAUUAUGUAUGAUAAGUUAAAUUGAUGUUAAUUUGAA